AUGGACAAGAAAAGAUCAUCAUCAUCAUCAUCAUCAUCAUCAGUUGUGACAUGGAAACCAGCUGCAGCAAAUGGAAAUGCACAGGCGCCCAAGAAGAACUUGUGGACGCCAGAGGAGGACUUGAUUCUCAAAAAAUACGUGGAAACUCAUGGUGAAGGCAAUUGGGCCACUGUGUCCCAGCGAUCAGGUCUGAUGAGGAGUGGAAAGAGCUGUAGGCUGAGAUGGAAGAAUUACCUGAGACCCAACAUAAAACGUGGACACAUGUCCCAAGAGGAGCAAGACCUCAUUAUCCGAAUGCAUAAGCUUCUUGGCAAUCGAUGGUCACUGAUUGCUGGGAGGCUUCCUGGUCGAACGGAUAAUGAAGUGAAGAACUACUGGAAUACCCAUUUGAACAAGAUGAGCUGCCCAGCUGCACCCAAAAGAAAAAGUAGCCAUUUGAACAAGAUCGUCACUCAUAAGAAGAAAAAGAACAGAAUCAGCAGCUGCACCACCACCACCACCUGUACUGAUCGUACUGAUGAUGAUCAUGAUCAAAUUCAGAAGAAAGACGCCACUGACUUUGAUCAUGAUCAUGAUCAUCGCCAGGAACCAAACGGAUCAAACCUUACUUCUAGUGCCAGCUGUUACUACUAUGACAUUAAUGACAUGGUAGAAUCUCCAAUAUUCACAUCGCACCACGACUGCCUGCAGUACCUGCCUACAAACUUGAACGCAACAUUUCUGUUUGAUCACGAUUUCAUUGCUGCCGACGCCGCCUCCUCUUCCUCCUAUUUGGAUUCUUUUCUUUUCUUUGAAGCAUUUGGAUCGUCUGCUGCUGCUACUGCGGCUGACAUGGAAUCAGUUUUGCCAUUAGCGUGUGCUGAUCAUCAUCUAGGUUGGUGA